AUGGCAGAAGCACUUACCUUGAUUAGUGGCCUUUCAGCUAUCAUACAAUUGACUGAUUCGUUGGUAAAGCUAACCAGGAAAUUGUCUGCUUGCGUACGCACGAUACGAUUCGCACUAAAAGAGAUCAGCUAUUUUUUGCUGGAAACCGAAAUAUUUACCGACCAAUUGUGCUGCCUUUAUGAUCUAGUUAGGGACUCUUCCGGCGAAUUAGGCGAGAAAUCGAAAAUUGAAAGGGCUAAGCUAGUUCAUAACAUUAAAAGACAAUGCAGAUUUGUCCGGGAAGAUUUUGCCCAUCUCGUGGGGUGUUUUGUCAAUAUUAACACUGCUGAUAAAGUACCAUUCAAUACUAUCUGGAUCCGAACACUAUGGCUUUUGAAGAAACCAGAUGUGCCAGAGCUGUGCCUUCAUAUCCAAAGCACAACGGCUAAUGUUUCAUUAAUGUGCAAUUUAUUCAAUUUCGAGGAAUUGAAGAGAAGGAACGAUGAUGACGAUAGGCUUGAGCUUGUCCAGAAGAAGCUCAAAUACUGGGUGUCGACACCCAAAAGGCUUAGACAUGAGCUGGCCGAAUACAAGAGGCACAGGGGGCCGUUGAAGAGAGCCAAAGGAAUGGAGUUGGACGAAUCAUCUGAUAUGAUUAUGGAAAAUACUCGCGAGUUGGAACAAUACGUCGUAUAUGCGAUUCGAUCGUAUGCUUCCGGCGCGCCACUUUCUAGAAGUACUAGAUCCUCUCGUCUAGGACACCAGUAUGGAGGAUCGCGGGAAGCUCGAUGGGCUCCAUCACCACGAGGCUCUAGGACAACGACGGUGCAAAUAGGCGCUAGAAAUGGCACCGAUGAUACCCGACGCCAAGUACCUAGCCAGAGUCAGAAUGUAACGACUGAGGAACGGGGCGGACUAAGAGGCCGUAAAAUAAAGCUAUCGACACCGGCGCCGGGUGAUCAACGUCACAGAAAGACUUUCGGUGACAGAGCGAGGGGCCGAGGCAAUGGUAUGUAUCCACAUAUAGGCAAAUGGCCUGAAGAGACGCACGAAUACGAAGCCCGUUCCAAUGACAUACCUAAACCCCUAGAGAUCAAGUGGCCACUACGAGUAGUCGUCAAGCCGAACGAGGCGGUAGAGGAGCCGAGAAAAAGUAUUCCCAAGCCGAACUCCAGGAAGCCACGGUGUUCAAGGGAGGGACAAAGUGAUGUCUCUCCGCAACCUUCUUUUACAGAAGAGCGGCCAGAGCGCAGCCCGCGGACCCCUGGGGGGACUAAGUUUGAAAGCUCGCGAAAUAGUCAAGUUAGUUUGAGUGAAGAUGGCUGUGAUGGUAUCUCUGGAUAUUGGAAACCACUUCCGCCUUUCGGCGGACCAGAAUCAAGACGACCGAGGCCUCAAUCGCCUGUGGAUUAG